AAAGAAUAGAUCACGAACAAUUCUUUGAAUGAAUGCCAGGAGCCGGCUGAUAUAUACUCUCCGGUCAAGCUUUCUCAAGCGACAGUCAGUCAAACGGCAGCGGCUCUCUCGUGAUCUAUACGGCAACAUGACAACCAAGAACAUUCUUUGUGUCUUGCUCUUAGUGGCAGUAAUGUGCAUCUCCCUUGCUCAAAGACUGCCACCACUACGUCCACCUCCGAAAAUCGACAUCAGGAUCCCGCCCCCUCGACCACCUCCGAGGACUCACAUUGACAUUCAAGGUGGCGGGUCUCCCAGAGGCCCUGCAAGGAUCGACGGCACAAUUACACAUGACAUCUACCGCCCAAACAGAGGACCUUCAAUCAAUGUGUGGGGCCAAGGAUCGCACAACUCUCAGUCAGUCCCACGAAACCAGGGUACCAUCGGUGUCGGGGUCAGGAUCCCUUUUGGCAGACGACGUAGACGGCAAUAGCACCUUCUAGGUGGUUCCGACGGCAAACAUAGCACACCGGGAAAAGCAGGACCCAUCCUCCAUCGUGCACACUCCAUUCAACAGGUGGACACCUGGCCUACCAUUAAGAAAGCACAAUCUCUGUCACUUGCGAAAUUAAAGUUGCUUUUCUCUUUA